GUAGAGGGUUUUUCAGGCUCCCACUUUCUCAUUUUUGACGAAACAGGGAUUCAGGGUUUUUGCGCUGCAAGUUCAUCUUGGCUUUCUUUCGUGAUCGAUCGACGGGUAGCUUUUUAAUCGAUCUGCUCGUGGAGUGGGAUUUCUACUUCUUGUUCUCUUUUCUUUAUUUUUUUCGCGGGUAAUAAUUUUGACGAGCCGAGCCGUGGCAAUUAUUUUGACCAAGAUUGGCUCUGCCUCUCAAGAUUCUGCAUGUUCUUAACCCUCAUCGACAAUGUGCUGCUCCCCGCGGAGUAGGAGAGUAUUUAGUAGCAGCGUGGGGGUAUUCACUUACCCUUUCUGGCUUUUCCCCACUCUUUCUCCAAGCCCCCAAAACCCUCUUUUCCCCUCCUCCUCUUCUUCUUCCUCUGCUCUGCUCCCGGAUUCUGCUUUGCUUGUUGGUGUUGCUAGAGGAGAAGAGAAGAGGAAGGGGCAGAUCUAUCAUCUAUGGGCAACUGCAAGAGUUCAUCUCGGGCACUGCUAGGAAAAGCCCAUGUUGUUCCGGAUGCUGAAUGGAGGAUGCAGGACUUUGGAAAGACCCAUGUUCCAGAUCUAGAAUGGAGGAUUCAUGACUUCUCAUCGCUGCUUGAGACGGGAGCUAAGUCAGCAACAUCUGCCACUUUUCACUGCUCUGGGUAUAACUGGCACCUGCAAGUAAUUCCAAUGCAUAAAGAAACAGGUUCUGAAACGCCAUAUGUUGCUCUUCAUCUUAUGACAUCCCAAGAAAGGAUGGUGCCAGGUCACACGGUGCAUGUGGUUUUUGAGUUGUCAAUAUACAACCAUUCAAAAGGAAUGUACUGUGGAUGCAAAGCUGGCUGCAACUUUGAUUUCAAGAAUGCCCACUCGAAGGAAAAUUGCUUGAUUCCUCUCCAGGAGCUACUGAACUCAUCUGCUUUUCUAGUUGAUGAUAACUGUGUCUUUGCUGUGGAGAUAUUAAAAAUUGAUGCCUCUUCUCCUAAAAAGAAGGCUGUUGUGCUUCAGAAGAAAGCUACCACAGUUCAGAACCUAUUUGUCCAGAGGAAGGGGUUUGUCAAAGGGACAUACACUUGGACCAUGAACAAUUUCCUUGAACUGGACUUGAAGUACUUCGUCCGUUCUCCUACAUUUGAAGCUGGCGGACAGAAAUGGUACAUCGGCAUGUAUCCGCGUGGUGACUUGUACAGCACUGAUUGCCUCAGUUUGUACUUAUACCUGGAUGCCUGGGAUGAGCUCCGUCUUGAGUCCAAGAAGGUGGUUGUAAUGACUCUGUCCAUCCUGGACCAAAAGAAUGGGAAGCACUUGACUGUAACUUCAGGUCUCUGGGUGUUUACGGGUGGACAUGGCUUGGGAUGGGCUGAUUUCCUUAGACUCAGUCAACUCAAGGACCCUUCUGGAGGCUAUGUUGUGGGAUCGAGCUGCAUUGUGAAGCUAGAUGUUUACCUCAUGGCCUGAUGGAGAGAUAAUGCUAUUUAAUCCUAGCUACUAAUAACCGGACUUAUAUAUGAGACAAUGUUGUGGUAGCAGUACUAAGAACUUGUGGAAUGAUUAGUAGUAGUAAUGAAAGCCGGAUUUGAGAAGUGAGAUGAUUUCACGCAUAUAUAUUUCUACGUAUAUGUGUCGGACAGAAAUAUGUUACUGGAAGUACUUGUAUAUGCAUGGAUGAUACAGCUA